AUGGCUGACACACCCGCAGCUCGACCAUCGCAAUUACCUGUUCCCAGUGCAGAAAUCACGGCACAGACGUCUCUUAUAUCAGACUCAUCGGAUGCGAUUACUGUCAAAACCGAAAGUAUUGUCGUUGAGCGGAAGCCUCGACUGCUGGCAACGUGGUGGCAGGAAGGCAUCUCAGCGUUGCUGUUGGUUGCGUCUGCCACUGCAUCAUUUGCGACGCUGUACCCAUACCAAGGGAAACCACUACCAGACUGGCCGUACUCCAUCACUGUCGGAUCUCUUCUGUCCGCGUACUCUGUGGUCUUGAGGCUAAGCGCAUCAUUUCUGUUGGCCGAGGGACUAGCACAGUUGAAAUGGCAAUGGAUGAAUAGGAAGGAGCGGCCGCUUCACGACUUGGUGUUGCACGACGAUGCUACUAGAGGACCUCUUGGUGCCAUUGAUCUCCUACGAAGGUUGCCAUUUCCCUGGAGCUGGCAAUGGCUAGCUUGUGUGCUCAUCCUGGUUACACUCUUGAUAGGUCCGUUCACGCAACAGGUCCUGCAAUACAGACAGUGUAGCGUGGUGGUUCAGAAAUCAGACAACCGCCAAUCACUUGUUCCUCGGGCUUCGAUCUUUCUUGGGAAAGGCGCCCAUGAAGGAGCUGGCAUCAACAUCCUCACCAUGGCUGAACAAGCAUCCGUAAACGCUGGCCUCUAUACCGCCGGCCAGGUCCGCGUGACAUGUUUCUCAGGCAAUUGUACCAUCGCACCUUACAAGUCUAUCGGGUACUGUAGCUCAUGCGUGGACGUGUCUUCUGAAGCGCGCGUUACUACGACCAAUAACACGAAUGGCCGACUUGGCUAUAACGGCGAUAUCACAAACACUUCGCUGUCCAGUGGUCUUGCGGUAGUUCAUAAUCGGACAAAACUAGCAUCUGCAACGUAUGACCUGGGCACAUCGGCAUUUGCGCAAGGCACUUUCCAGAUCCUUCUCGGUUUAGCUGGUACUUCUGGACGACCAAUGGAUCUGGCCAGUGGCCGGGCUCCUCCCUGCGAUGAUCCUGACACUAAAGAGACCUGGCGAUGUAAAGGCUAUGGUGCUACUAAUUGUAGUUUCUACCCGUGUGUGAGGUCCUAUGAAGCCCACAUUGUGAAUGGUGCCUUCGCAGAGACCGUCGUCGAUGAGACUCCGGAGACUGCUGACUGGAAUACCACGGACUCACCUAUAGCCUCAUAUCUCGCCGCGAUGCUCGAUACGUCCUGCUUGGAACGCUCAGAACGCGAGGCGCUUGCGGCUGCUGGCUUCAACUUCAGUUCCACAAGCAACUGGUCCCCUUACCCUUUUUUCAAUGGCUCUGAUACGCAGCGCCGCACGAAUAUAUCUAACAUAGGCGACUUGGUCGACCUCGAGCGGCAUUACUUAGAUCGAGGAUGUGUAUAUGGUACGAACAUAUUCUUCAUUAACGGAUUGAAUAUGUACCUACGGAUGGCAUUGACGGGCAACUUAUCGAUCUCGGCCGGGUCCUACGGCAGAUACACAUUGAUUGAAGGCUCGCAACUACUUCAGCUGGUAUACAACUACGGCGACGCCUCUUUCGAGCGCACACAAGCAUUGAUGCAGAAUGUUAGCCUGUCACUUUCGAACUACAUGCGACUUAAUCCUGGCCAAGACUUUUACAGCUCGAGUAUGCCGGCUACAGGUGAAGCGAGCGAGAUGAAGACUUGCCUACAAGUUCAGUGGAUAUGGUUGACGCUUCCGAUGGUCGUCACCAUACUGACAUUGAUCUUAUUUGUGGCUACGGUAGUGAGUGCUCGCAAGGUGCCGAGAGUGGUGACUACUUGGAAGUCAUCCCUACUUCCGCUGUUCUUCUAUGGCCCAGAUUACCAGUCGAGAACCCCUGGAAUGGAUGUUCGAGAAAUGAUGACGCAAGAUGUCACCAGCAUGGCAAAACAUGCAAAGACUGUCAGAAUACGCUUGGAAACAGACGAGAAGGAGAGUGUUAGACUUCGGGAAGUCCAUGGCGUCGCACGACCGGCGGAGGACAGAUGA